ACCGAUCUUACGAGCGACAUUUCGACCGGCGUUUCGAGAAUUAUGUGAGAGCGAAUGCAGAAAAAUGGACUUCGUGAACCUAAUUCACAGGAAAAGACAUUUAGGAGCCCGACUACUCCCCCCCCCGCAUCUGCGGCAAGCAGCGCCCUCUUUUGACACAGUUUAUAAUAAAUGUUGGGAGAGUGACCCGCUUCCUAUUAUCAUCUGACAUUUCUGCUAGAAAGCGGUGUGAAAAUGGCCGAAAACAUAUUUCUGUUCGUUCCAAACCUAAUAGGGUAUGGCCGUAUUGUGCUAGCAUUGAUUUCAUUUUACUACAUGCGGACUGACUACGUCACCACGACCUGGUGUUACCUGCUCAGUGGUUUAUUGGACGCCUUUGAUGGCCAUGCAGCAAGGAUGCUCAACCAAGGGACCAAGUUCGGCGCCAUGCUAGACCAGUUGACCGACCGCUGUGCAACAAUGUGCCUGCUUGUGGCCUUGUCAGUCUUGUACCCGGACUACAUGUUUUGGUUCCAGCUCAGUAUGUCAAUCGACAUUGCUAGCCACUGGCUCCAUCUUCAUAGUUCCAGCGUGAAAGGAAUUGCCAAUCACAAACUGAUUGACAUGUCAGGCAACCCCAUCCUGCGUAUCUACUACACCUCCAGGCCGGUUCUCUUCACCAUGUGUGCUGGAAACGAGCUGUUCUACAGUAUGCUGUACCUUCUGUAUUUCACUGAGGGACCCCUGAUCCCCAUUGUGUCUGUCAGCAUCUUCCGUCUGAUCCUCCUCAUCUCGGCUCCGGUUGCCCUGGCAAAGACGGCCAUCAGCCUCGUCCAUCUCGUCACCGCCUCGCGGAACAUGGCCAUCAUUGACGUCAAUGAAAGAGAGCAGAAAGCCACGAGCCAGAAGGACUGAGACAAACGCGGUAAGAGGAUUGAAAGGUCGAAGGUCAUGAGGUAGUGUAUCUCAGUCCCGCCUAUGUGAUGGAUUGCUAUUACAUAGUCCACGGUCCCUCCCCUCAUCUGAUGAUGAAGACACACCCCUUUUACAUCUUAUUCAAACAAUAGUUGGCACUGGCACCGUAACGUACAACCAGAUUCCAAUCUUAUUGAAGCUCCCAUUUACAGUAAAUGUCACGUGAAAAUAUCAGUGUAAAUGCCAAGUGUAGAAGUGCAUUAUAAUCGUCUUCAGCUGUCUUGGACAGCCCAUUGUUUAAGCUCGUUAUAAGCCUUGCCAUAUUUAACUGCAAGGCUUGAGGUGUUAACCCCUUCGCUACGGAUGACUGCUAUUACAGCGCCUUCAUGUGAGCAUUAGUGCAUACCACACAUACAGUCUAUUCACCAUGCAGCUGCUGGUUCAAUGGGGCCUUCUGCUGGACAAA